UAAAAAUUAACAAGAAGAAAGAAGUGGAAGGGGAGAGGAAUAACUGGCAUUCUUCAGCAUUAUCCAAGAAACUUUCCCCCUGCUGUGGAGACCCAGCUGAGAAGAAAGAGUACCUUGGGGAAGGUUUUUCAGCCAACGUUACUAGAGAGUGGAGGUAAAAAAAGAAGAAGAGAACUAUAUUGCCAAAGGACUGAUAUCCCUAUGAACGUUACAGAGGUUUCUCUUUCUGUCAUCGCUAGUAUGAAGGAAAAAUUAUGAAAAUGAUCUAUUGGGAAGGUUCAAAGGGUUUUGAGAUUGGAAGAAGAGAAAAUCUGAAUUAAGGCUCCUUGGUGAGGUGGCAGCUGGAGAAAAAGCCUGGCUGUUAAAGGAGGAGGAGGUGUCCUUCACUCUGGAAGAGAGUCUCUCAGAUUUUGGGGAAGUUUCUAGUGUGCUUCCCAUUCUAGUAAUCAGGCAUAGGAGUCUGAGCUUACAAGCACUUUCCUGUGUCAUAUUAGUACAUGACACUAAGACUGGGGCAUGAUUCUGACUUGAAAGCAAAAAAGAAGAUAAUUGCCCACCAUUCUUUACCUAUAUUAAGCAACUCUUUCCAGGGCAGUUUUUGGCAUGAGCCUGCGUGGAAUGCUCCUCCUCCUCCUCCUGGCAUUACAAUGAGAUUGCAAAGAGCCCUUUAAAGGUAUAGUGGUUUAGGGUUUGUUUUGUGGUAGGUGGGGUUGUUUAGACUUCCCCCCCCCCCCCCACAAUAGUCAUGAUGUUAUUUUCCAAGAGACUCAAGCACUCUUCCUGAUCUUGAAAUGUCCUGCAGUAAUCAGAAAGAGAAGGUGCGGACUCUCCCAUAUGUGUGUGGUCUCCAUUUCUCCUUUUCCUGCUGAUUUAGCUUGGGAGGGUGCAAGCAGGCAGAGAAACACACCUACUCAGCUGUAUUAUUCUUGGAAUACACAAACAACAGAAACAGCUCCAGUGGGGAAAGCUGGAGACGAUAUCCUUCCCCUCCGCACCUAGUGGGAUGAAGAUGACUGACCCUAAAGAGUGUGACAGUCGGGGGAAGCCCAUUCUGUCUUUUUCCAUUGAAGAGAUCUUAAAGAAACCUUCUUCUAGCAUAUGUCUAAACAAUGCAGCCAGGAAUAGAAGUAGCCACACCGAAGUAACUCCAGCCCUGGGCUCUGAGCCCCCACUGGAACUUCCCACGGAUUGCAGCAAUGCAUGGAAAUCAUACAACGACUCAUCUUCAACAAAGAUGCUGAGUAAAGCCACAUGCUCUGCCCCCAGGACCAACAUGAACAUGCUGCAGCCAGUUCACUGCCGGAGAUCUACUGCUGUGGAUACAAGCCCAGCUGCCUUUCUGAGAGAAGAUGAAGUACAUGAGCACUUAGAAGGCAAGAGAAAACAUGAGGAGGAGGAAGACCCACUGUGUGAUUUCCCAGCUGACCAUUCACUUCAUGAUGAGAAGAAAGGGAAGCGGAGAAUCCGGACAACAUUCACAGUGGAGCAACUACAGGAGCUGGAAAAGAUCUUCCAAGUCACACACUACCCAGACAUUCACAUGAGGAACCAACUGGCAGCAAAGAUCAACCUUCCAGAAACCAGGGUUCAGAUCUGGUUCCAAAACCAGCGAGCAAAGUGGAGGAAACAUGAAAAAUUUGGCAAUUUUGGUGGACUCCAGCAUCUAACAGAAGUCAAUUUCAUUCCUGCUCCAAAGUCAGAAAUUUCAGGUUCCAGCCUGAUGCCCAGAAAGCUUCCCAGCACAGGACCUCCCCUUGGGUAUUACUCAGCAGUUCCAGGACUUGUGACAUCAGCCUGGUUGCCCAAUGCAUUUUCUUUCACAUCCCUGCAAAUGGACCCACAACCCUUCCCUAAACCAUAUUUGCUCAUUGACUACUUUCCUCAAUGUGGCAUCCUUCCUACCCAUAAGAUGGAAUGGAGCAGAAUUUGUGCCAGUUCCACAUAGAAGAGGAGGAGAAAAAGGAGACAUGGAGGACUCUAGAAGCACCCUUUGGUUGUCCUGGCAAAUAAUAUUUGUGGGCAGAUGGGGUUCUCUUUAGAACAAGCCUACCCAGACUUUGAGUCUGAGGUCUGAUGUCAGUUUGGUAUAGUAAUAAUACCAUAGCAGAAGGCCAAACCCCCACUCAGCCCUGGAAAGAGUUCAUUAAUCAUCCUUAUAAACUGCCUACACUAUUGAAACAAUCUGACUUUCCUAAAGGGAUAAUGCAUUGAAUAGUCCUGCUGAAGAACUGAGACUUUACUUCAUCCUGAGAGAGAGACUGGGUGAUCUUAUUGCAAUAAGAGUGAACAAUGAGACUAUAGUAAAUAGAACUGGUGUCUAACCAAAGUAGCAUACCUGAGCAAAUACAGGUCUCUUUCCUUGCAUAUAUUGCAUUGUUCCUGGUUCACUGGGUGUGGACAAAGAGAGAAUGUAGGUCAAAAAUCAAACUUAACCUUUAAGGAACUUGUUUUUUGAAGAGUGGGUGGUCUUGGCUUGCUUGUUGUAUUUGGCCUGGAAUAAAGGGGCACAGGUACCACUUGUGUUUGAGUAUAACAGUCUGAGAAAAAUAUCUGCAUUGAGUACAAUAUUUGGUAUUACAACCUCUGGUAGCAAGAAAAUCCUUUAGAUAGUUCAUUAAAAUGUUUAAAAGGAAACAUCUCUUUAUGACCUAAAUUAAGGAAGUACUAAAACCCCACCAAAAACAAAAAGAGAUGAGCCAAUUGAAUUAAUCUACUAUACAUAGGUCAUGUCUACACAUUGCCCAUAUGGCAAUGCCAUUACUGUGCCGUACACGUGUUGCACUAUUUUUAGCAGCUACUUUGCCAUAGUGGCACGCUAUAACAGGGGAGUGCGCCACUAUGGUGAAGUAGCUACUGGUCACGUGUAGACACCUGUGGACGCUAUGUUGCCAUAGCACAUCUCUAUGGAGAUGUAGAGUCAUGUGUAGAUGCACCCAUAAUACGAUGACUUAAUCCCAGUUAAGUACAGAUCAAAAACAGGGCGGGCUUAAUUGGUUAUGAAAUGUCUGUUUGCCUUAUUAUUUACAUAAUAUUACCCUACUCCAAACCACGUCAUUUUCUCCUUCUUAUUAGAAUUACAAUACCACUUACACUGACAUCUGUGGCAAGAGGCGUUGGAUUGUGGGUGGGAUUUUGGACUUCCUUAAACGCCUGUCAAACUGAUAUGUAAUGCCAUCUUCAUCAAUUAUCUACACUGUCAGUAUUGAACCCUAAAGUAAUCUUUAGGGUGUCACUGGCCACAAAUUAGUGACCUCUCUCCUAGAGGCAUCACUUAUAGAAGCAGAAGCUAGUUAACACUAUUCAAGAGUAAUGGGAGCUGUUGCCAGGUAAUCUGUAGCAGUGGUAGCACCCUUGUGAGCAUGUAGGGGUAGGUUGAUUAUCCUAAGUAGACUGCAUAUUUAAAAAUGCCUCUGGACAGACAGACAUUGCCUGUAUUUCAGAUUUCUUGUGGCCACUGCCUAGUACCCAUAUACUAGAUCAUGCUGGAGUGGUAGUACCUGCUGUCUGCUACCUAGAUUUGCCCCAUGUACUGAGACUUACACUGGGAUCUAUAAAACAUUGGCCAACACCUUGGCCAGAGGAUCAAAAACAUGUCCUUCAGCAGUGCAGCUUUAUUCCUUUCUCAUCAGGACUGAACUGCAUUUCUCCAAAUCAAAUAAAUUCAAUAAAUAAAUGAGAUAUGCCUGAUCCCUUCCUGACACUGGGGGUCUCUUGCAGGUAUCACUUUCAGCUCAAUUACUUGUUCUCCUUUCAUCUGCAAACCAGGAGACCUGCCAGCUAUUAUCUGCUUUCUGGCAUCACCUAGGAGGAGAUAAUUAGUCACAAAUGGGAUCUAACUCCCUUAAUAUUGCACCCUAGGAAACGUUCCACAGAAUCAUGUCAGGUUAACAAAAUCUUCUGAUGAAAACCUGAUAAGUUUCUUGUGCAUCUUCCCAGCAACCCACUUACUGGGUUGACUAAUCUAAUACUUUUCAGCACAAGGGCGCUUUCCCUACUAUUCAACUUUAAUUUUCUAUUUGUCAGUUUCAUCCUUUAAUCCUACUUAACCCCUUGUGCCAUGCCUCAUUCCUUCCCCUUCUAGGGCCCUGUUGUUUUCCAUCUGCACAUUGAGUAGUAGCAUCCUGCAUAAACAGACCUGUCAGCUUCAGUGGGACUACUCAUCUUCAUGCCUUCACUUUGUACACACCUCAGGUACUUCAGAGUUAUCAUGUUCCCCUGAUUUGUUGUUUAGCUAAUCUGUAUAUCUCGUUCUUUUAAUCUUUCCUCAUAAAUCCCUCCAGCACAUAGAUGAAAUUCUCAACUGGAUUGAAAACAAUUGGAUUGAUGACCAAGGUCAGAGAACAGCCAUAAAUAAGCACAGAUCAGGAGGGAGGGAACAGGUACAAAGUACAAGAAAGACAGUAAAUACAACCAAGGAGGAAUGGGAUGAGUAGAGUGUAGCAGGUUCUGGUGCUGAGGCCAGUUUUGUUAACACAUCAGUCAUGUAGAAGAGGACAUGUUCUGUAAAACUGCAGAGACCAUGGAAGAUGAAAUGGCCAUGCCAGUACUGGGGGAAGAAGACUGGGCUUAAAAAUAGAAUAUAUAAUCAGGUUCUGGGGUUACUGGUGUUUUAUGCACACGCUUUAAGGUAGAAAACAUGCUGUACCUCAACCCUAACUUCACACGGUGAAUGCAGCGAAGGAGGCCUUUGAGUCAUUACAGGGUUUGUUCUGUGGAUGCAGUUUGUCAUUUCACUGAGAUCUGCAGAACCCAAGGCCUUAACAGAAAGCUCUGUGAUUUCAUGAGGGCUUUGUUGUUUUUUAUAUUAUUACUCCCAAAGUCCAAUCAGAAUUAUGGUGAGGAGGUCACAGAGGCUUCUGCCUGGCCUGUAAGCUCAUGUAUGUAGACACCAAAGACCUUGGGGCAAGGGGAUCUACAGUUUAGAGAAACUGAGGAAUCAAUCCUUUUCUGGUCUAUAUGCUGCUGCCUGCUUCAACCUAUAAUUAAUGACUCCCUUUUCAUUCCCUUCCCUAGUUUGUAUUCUGAACCACAUAUCCUAGCUGUCUGCAGACUGUCAUUCCACUCCCUUCCUCCAUUACCUAACAUAUCUCCUUGGCAAAGCAAAUACAGCAGGCCACACCUAAACAAGUCAUACAUGCCUAUUCACUUUCUUUUUUCUCCUUCCAUUUCCCUCGUUUUUUUAUCUUGAGAAAAUUACACCCCUUUCAGAUACAAUUUAUAGACCAGGCACCAAAUUAUGCUCUGUCUAUGUACCCCGUGAAGUCAUGAAAGUUGAAUGAAUGCAAACAAGGGACCGAUCCAAAGCUUAUGGAAGUCAAUGGGAUAUUAAAAUGGACUUUGUUCAGUCUGUGGGAGCAACUUUUGGGAAAAGCAAGCAACCAGUUACAGUCCUGCCUCUACCAGCACUUCCUCCAUCUUUGUGUUACUCAGCUUCCUCUUUUUUAUCAUCUUUUGUCCCGCAAUCAAUUUUUAACUUGUUUCCAUAGCAUUUCACAGUUUCUUGCCUUUGAUUUUGUUGAAAUCAGUCAUUUAUAGUGUCUGUUCAAGGGUAUCCAUAUCAUCUAAUGUUGUUUCCAAGUGAAUAGCAAUAUAAUCUCAGCCUCUGGCCUCUUGAAAAUCCAGCCGAAUAAAAGGGGUGGGGAAGGAAAAUGGAUUUCAUUCGAGCCCUUCAGAAUCAGUGGUUGCUCAACAGAGCAAACUCCAGAAUUGUUUCAUGUAUAUGAUCAAAUAUGAACCCAGUGUCAAAUCUGCAGGGGAUUUUAGAUUAAAUGUUUUAAAAUAAACUCAGAUAGAUUUUUCUUUAUCAGCUCAAAUAAAAAAAAUAAUCCCUUGUUUCAAAGUAGCAAAGAAUUCAUCACUCUGACACUUGUUUUCAUAAAAAUUUCAGAGAGAAUGCCCCCUGCGGAACAGCUUGCAUUGGCUCUGAGCCUGCUACACUUCCUGGGACCAGCAUUUGAAAUCGUCCAGGUUGGGAUGCUCAAAUUAUCCAGCAGCCUAAUGAAAAACAUUACAGACUAUUGGACAGGCUCUUUGUGCCAGAAAUCCAGAGUACCUGUCCCGUACUCCUGCAUUUUAAAUGGACCAAUAACCUUAUGCUUCGCUAUUGCUUCCAGUGUGUUUACCAGGCAGCUAAUGUCAAGUUUACAGGGCAGCAGUUCCCUUAAUCCUUCCUCAUUCUUUGAUUAAAUAUAGAUGCUGCUAUUUAUGGCCCUCGAGACCCAGGGAUUUGUCAGCCUUUAACAGGUUGAAGCACUCUUAAUAGCUGAAUUGGCCAUUUCAUCUGCUACAGUACAAUAGGAAAAACUAAUUUAACACUUCUUCUUUCUCACCAGGAAACCUGUUCCUGUCUCUGGGAGGUUACCUUCUGCUUCAUUUGUGUCCACUGAGGCAAAGAAAUUAUUUAGGACCCUCAACAAUAUCAACUUUGUCUGUCACUAAUUUGCCUUUCUGGGCUCUUGGCCAUCCUGCUGACCCUAUUCCUGUCUGUUGUUUACCACAUGCAUUAACAGAAAAGCUGCUGCUGCUUCUUUCCUUACUUUGCUCAAUUAAUUUUGUUCUCCUACUUUUAAAUUUGUGAGUAAGCCUGCAUAAUUGUGCAAAGGACUAUGGUAUUGUAAAGCAGUCAAGCCCCAGCAAUGCUUGAUCAUACUGAGAAAGCAGACAAACCUCAGUGAAGUUGGUAUAUUCAUAAGUGGAAGAAAAGUAAGUGGGAUGUGGGGGAGAAAUAGAGCAUCUACUUCUCCAUUGUUAAUACUUUGGCCAAAGUAUAGAAAGAUGUAUGUCGUAUCAGGCAUAGGACCCCAGAUCUGAGGUAUCCAACACCUUGCUGGAGGAAGGGGAAAGCUGGACAACAUAAAGUAUGUUUCCUUAAGUCACAAUUUCCAAUCUGGAUGAGUGACCCCUUACUGAUAAAACUGAAAAACCGGUGAGACUGGGAGCCUGGCACUUUCCAUUAUGCAAUCCUGUUUUCUUUUAUGUAUAACUGUGCCAAACUUUAAGCACCCCAGAUGGCAUUUUCCAAACACUGUGGUUGCAUCUACACAAGAUGCUUACUGCGCAGUAGCUCGUUACUAUUGUGCAGUGACAUCAUGGGCCGCAAACUGUGGCACAAUGCUACUGCGCAGUAGUAACAAGCUACCACAUAGUUAGCAUCACCAUAAAGCCAUGCAGGGAUACUACUGUGCAGCAAUGCUGCUUACUGUGCAGUUGUUUAGUACUUGGGUAUGGAAGUACUAAAUGACUGUGCAGUUUGCAUCUUGUGUAGACGUGGCCUGUGUCUGCCUCAGGCAGCUUAUUUUUUCCUCAGGUAAAUGAUUCAGACCUUUCUGAGAACAAGGCUAGGGGGAAAAGCAUUGUUUUGCCCCUUUUUAAAAACUCUGGUGACUUUUUCUUAAACAGCUCUACCUCUCCCGUCCUUUGGAAUAAAUGUUCAAAAUCUGAUGGUCUCCAUGUCAGAGACAUGCCUCUUUUUAUCCCCAUGAAAAAUCACCAACUUUGGUCUUGUUAUAAACAUUUGGAAAAUUGAAGUUAGCACAUGCACACAAGAUAUUUCUUUGUUUUUAACAGCUAAGUUCCCUAAAGAUGCCAUCCCCUUCAGGAAUGCUCUAGCCCAGUGAUUUUCAGCUUUUUUAGAGUCAAGGCAACCCUCGUUAGAUUCAAGGCACUCUUUGGAAAAUGCCACCUCUGAGCUUUCACUCAUUUUUUGACUACAGAAAAAGGCUAGAUCAAUUCUUCUGUCACAAAGAACUCAGGCAGACCACAACAGGUCAUAAUGAUUUUGACACUAUGGAUUCCUACUUGAAAACUCUGGGUUUAUCUUGUGAAUCAUGUUUGCACACCUAACAAUGCUAACAAUGCAUGGCAACCCAUAAUGCCCUUGAAAGGAUCUCAAGGUGCCCCAGGGUGCCACAUCACCCUGGUUGAGAAUCACUGCUCUAGCCUGAAGUCUGAGUAGGACUUCCCUUGGACUUAUAUAGCUCAGGACUGCUAUUAUUGAUGCUAGGUUUGGGCAGCUGAAGUAAGAACAGUGACCCUGUCUCUGCUGUUCAGUCAAGUAACUCUUCUCCACACAUGGCACAAGCAGAAGAGAGGAGGAAGAUGCUGAUUUGAAUGCAGAGGGCAUAUGAGCCUGAUAUCUGGGGUGGACUGUCUUUGAAAGGGAAACUGGGACUUGAGACUGAGAGAGAAGGAAACUGGAGCAAGGCGUUAAGGUGAGACCAAGACUAGCUGGGCAGGGGAACUUGGAUUAUGAGUGCCUGGGCAAGGAAACUGAGGAAGAGAAAGUGUGAGAUGGGGAGAGGAAGGUUGGGAGAAAGAACUGGAACCAGCUACACAAAAGCCUGGAACCAGGAGCCAGCAAGGGAGGUCAUAAAGAUGGAAAGUGAAGGCCAUCCCUGCCUCUGCCCACAGGUGGAUCUACGAUUUUGAAAAGCAGGGUGUCAAUGGUGUGGUGCAUAGCAACACAUUUUUCUCCCAUUAAAGAGAAACUAGACACUUUACUAAAAUGUUCAGAGCUCAGUGGUAUAUUAUUAAUUUAAGAUGAAAGCAAAAAAAAAAUUACAACUUUAUUGGAAUGUGCACUAAUUUGCUAGAUUAUAUAUUAAAUUUAAAAAGCACAACAAACUAGGCAAAAUAGUCAAAAGAUACUGUUUCAUUGACCCUAUAGUCAUUAUAGUUAAACGUAUAUCUUAUGCACAGUACAUCCAACACUUCAGUAUUAACCAUUUGCACACCUGAGUUAAUAUGACACGUCUGAAUUAAGAUUUUUAGCUAGAACUAAAAACAGUCUGCAUGGCUGUGAAACAGAAGAGACAUUACCAGGAAUGGCUAACAGACAGUAACAUUGCAGAAGAAAGGAUAACUUGAUUAAUGGAACAUCAAGGCCAUUAAAAGGAGAGAGGGUCAUUAGCAUCUGAGAUUAGCAGUAAUCAGGUACAUUAUAAUGAGCAAUGAAGUCAGCCCUGCCUGAACAGAAAUGCUGCUGCCCCUCCCAAACAGUUGAUUUGAUUUCUGCCCCACACAAACUUUAAAAGAGGGGAUGUGACUGCACCACUGCAUUAUGCUCCCCGCCCCCAGAUCUGCCCCUGCCUCUGCCACCAGGUUCCAGGGUGAUGCUGGGCAGGCCAGUUGGGCCAGAUUUUCCUAAGGGGGUCGCUAAUUGCAUGUUCCUCAUUUUCUAGGUGCCUGAUUCAGUCAGAUCUGCAGCACUACUAAGAACCCACAGCUGCAACUGAAAUAAUGGGUGCUGGCCUUCAAACAUACGAAGCACCAUAUAACAUCAAGUAGUCUAAAACAUAAAGGCUUUGGUUUCUCAGAUUGCGCACUGACAAUUAGAAGAACAUUUUGACCCUCAUCUCUUUGCAAUUUGGUUCGCCUUCUGUUAAAUGGGGAUACUAUCUCCUGCUCCCAAAGAGGGUUGUGAAAAUAAAUGCAUUGACUGCCUGUCUUGUAUGCAUACCAGCCCAGCCUCUGGCUUCUUUACUAUUCAUUCCAUUCAAAAAGAGCACACACCAACUGCAGAGGCUUCCUCAGCCUGACGAAGGGUUUUUAAACCUGAAAGCUUGCUAAUUUUUUUUUCCCCAACUAUUUAAGUCAGUCUAAUAAAAGAUAUUAGAUUCA